UUUUCCUUAAUUAAACACGAAAACUAUAAAAUCAAAUCCCAAAGCGCAAAGAUUUCAUUAACGUUAUACUAACAUUUCCUGAUUGGCGCAUUUCCCCCAUUUUCCCACAUUUUCUCUUUCUUUCCCGGGAAAACGAGAAAUAAAUAAACAAGACGACAUGAGGGCAGAGAAGAAGCUGAUCCAGGCCGUAACAAUGUGGAUGAGGCGACAACCGCCCAAGGUGAAGGCUCUCAUGGCGCUGGUAUCGGGGAUUUCGGCGCUCCUUUUUCUCCGAUUCAUCGUGCAUGACCAAGACAAUCUCUUCGUCGCCGCCGAGUCUGUCCACUCCCUCGGAAUUUCUGUCCUCAUCUUUAAACUCACGAAAGAGAAGACUUGUGCUGGACUAUCACUGAAAUCCCAAGAACUAACAGCUAUAUUUUUAGCUGUUAGGCUGUACUGCAGCUUUUUCAUGGAGUAUGAUAUACACACCGCACUUGAUUUAUCGACAUUGGCUACGACCUUGUGGGUUAUUUACAUGAUCCGUUUCAAACUGAAGUCCAGCUACAUGGAAGACAAGGACAACUUUGCCAUUUCCAAUGUUGUUCUCCCUUGUGCUGGACUAGCUCUGUGUAUUCAUCCAUCAACUUCUCAUAAUCUUGUGAACCGUAUUCUCUGGGCAUUCUGUGUAUAUCUGGAAGCCAUCUCAGUUUUACCUCAGCUGCAAGUGAUGCAAAAUACUAAGAUUGUUGAGCCUUUCACUGCUCAUUAUGUAUUUGCAUUGGGUAUUGCAAGGUUCCUCAGCUGUGCCCACUGGGUUCUCCAGGUUAGAUCUUUUGACGAGAAGUUGUACGUGAUUGGUUUAGGUUAAAUUUUUAUUGAUGUUUAGCAAUGCUGAAAUCUAGACCCACUUUGAGUAUUUAUUUUUGUAAAAUUUAUCCACUUUGGAAAUAAUAGACAGCUUGAGCAUGCAUGAUGUAUGGUCCUGAAGUUCGAACUGGAUGCCAU